AUGUUUCUACAAAAUGGCGCGGGCAUGAUCGAAGACGCCAACACAUUCCUCUGGGCUGACCCGCAUACGCGACCAAACUACGUUACCGGUGUAAUAUCGCACGGCAUCACUCUGAACCGACCCUUUUAUGUCACCCACACUGGGCCUGCAGCAACAUCAGUAGGACCAGUUCCUCGAGAAGAUGGCGAUAUAGCUCAACCGCUUUCGCGGCUAUUAGACAUCCUACCUCUUGCGCCUCGUCUGAAUUGUCAGGCUUAUCCAUGGCCCACUAUACUACAGGUCCAACUAGAAAAGCUUGCUUGCAACGCGCUCAGCAACCCUAUCUGUGCUCUCGAAGACGCCGUGACUGCCUACAUCCUCAGCAUCCCAGAAACCAACAUGAGACUCAUGCAGGAGAUCUCAUCUGUCAUCCUCGCUUUGCCCGAGCUACAAGGCGUAGAGGCUGUAAAGGAGAGGUUUUCGGCCAAAGCCUUGCACGGCACGGUAAUGGACAUUAUUGAGAGGAAUAGAGCAACAACGGUGAGCAUGGUAUGGGACAUGAGGAAUAGGAGAGAGACGGAAAUCAGGUACAUCAAUGGGUAUUGGGCGAGACGUGGAAGGGAACUCGGCAACAUGGCACAGGAUCUACGCUCCCAGGAUAUCAAAAACCCAAUUGACGUUGCAGAGUACCUCUUCCGCCGUCUACAACAGGUUGGAGUCGAGUCAGUGCAUGGUGUCCCAGGAGACUACAACCUUGUCGCACUCGACUACAUCCCAAAGGCCGGCUUGAAAUGGGUCGGCAACUGCAAUGAGCUCAAUGCUGGCUACGCGGCAGAUGGCUACGCAAGAGUCAAGGGUAUCUCUGCCCUUGUCACGACGUUUGGAGUCGGAGAACUCUCUGCAGUCAAUGCGAUCGCUGGUGCCUACUCCGAAUAUGUACCAAUAGUUCAUAUCGUCGGCUACCCUUCUACUACGUCCCAGAAGAAUGGAGCGCUGUUGCACCACACUCUUGGAAAUGGCGACUUUACCGUUUUCUCGAGAAUGUCCAAGGAGAUCUCAUGUGCUGUUUCGAUGCUUAACAGCCAACACGAAGCGGCCAUGCUGAUCGACAACGCCAUUCGGGAAUGUUACCUGCAGUCGAGGCCCGUCUACAUCUCCUUGCCUAGCGACAUGGUGACGAAGAAAGUCGAUGGCGAUCGCCUCAACACACCACUGGAUCUGGAAUACCCACAGAACGACCAAGAAGCCGAAGACUAUGUUGUAGAUGUGGUAUUAAAGUAUCUACACGCAGCGAAGAACCCUGUCAUUCUUGUGGAUGCAUGCGCUAUCCGCCACCGAGCGUUAAAGGAGACUCAUGAUCUCAUCAAGAAAUCGGGCAUCCCUACGUUUGUUGCGCCAAUGGGAAAGGGCGCAGUGGAUGAGACCCUACCCAACUAUGGUGGUGUAUACGCCGGAGACGGUUCAAACGCCGGUGUACGCGAACGCGUCGAGUCGUCGGAUCUUGUUCUCAGCAUUGGUGCUAUCAAAUCCGACUUCAACACUGCAGGCUUCACCAUCCGCAUGUCGCAGCUGACCACCAUCGAUCUGCACAGCUACGGAUGCAAAGUACGAUACUCAGAGUACCCCGGUGUAAGGAUGAAUGGCGUUCUUUCCAAAGUCACAGCGAAGCUUGGAAAGCUCAACAUCGAAUCCGGUCCCAACCCAAACAACAAUGUUCCAGAGAAGGAGACCGCAUCUACCGAACCAGUCAUCAAGCAUGCCUGGUUCUGGCCAAAGCUUGGCCAAUGGCUAAAGAAAGAUGACAUUCUCAUCACCGAGACUGGCACCUCAAACUUCGGUGUCUGGGAAACUCGCUUCCCAACAGGCGUCAACGCCAUCUCACAAGUCCUCUGGGGCUCCAUCGGAUACGCAACUGGAUCCUGCCAAGGUGCUGCCCUCGCCGCUAAAGAAUCAAACAUCAAGCGCACUAUCCUCUUCACAGGUGACGGCUCCUUCCAACUCACCGCACAAGAGGUCUCAACCAUGAUCCGCAACAAGCUGGCUCCCAUCAUCUUUGUAAUCUGCAACAAGGGUUACACAAUUGAGCGGCUCAUCCAUGGGUGGGAAGACUCUUACAACGACGUGCAGGAAUGGAAGUACAAGGACAUUCCCCGUGUCUUCGGCGCCGAGGAAGGCAGCGUCCUCACAUACCGGGUCGAGACAAAGGAGGAGGUUGAGAAGCUAUUCCAAGACGAAGAGUUCUCAAGUGGCGAGACUCAAAAGAUGCGGUUUGUCGAGUUGGUCAUGCCGUGGGAUGAUGCACCGGCUGCGCUCAAGGCAGUUGCUGAGGCGGCGGCCAGGACGAAUGCUAGUGCAGAGUAA